UAGAGGUAGAGAAAAUGGAUACAACGAAUUCAACCAAAUUGAAUUUGAAGAAGAGGAGGAGAGAAUCAACUGGACCCAAUGAGGCAACAGAAGAAGAUGGGGUUCUUGCCAAAAUGCCUGGCUGCUUUGGCUUAAAGGAGCCAGCCCCAUUUUCAGAUGAAGUUGAAAUUGACUUCAGUAAGCCGUAUAUCAGAGUAACUUUGGAGGAGGCCAGAAGAGGGACUCCUUAUGAUCGACCUGUAAGGGUUUAUGCUGAUGGCAUAUUUGAUUUAUUUCACUCUGGUCAUGCCCGGGCCCUGAUGCAAGCAAAGAAUCUAUUCCCUAACACGUACCUUAUCGUGGGAGUUUGCAGUGAUGAACUGACACAUAAUUUCAAGGGCUUCACAGUGAUGAACGAAAACGAACGCUAUGAUGCAGUUCAACACUGCCGCUAUGUGGAUGAAGUGGUGAGAAAUGCUCCUUGGACAUUAACACCUGAAUUCUUGGCAGAGCAUCGGAUUGAUUUUGUAGCCCAUGAUGACAUCCCAUAUUCUUCUGCUGGGAGUGAUGAUGUUUACAAACAUAUCAAAGAAGCAGGCAUGUUCGCGCCAACACAGAGGACAGAGGGUAUAUCCACAUCAGACAUCAUCACCCGUAUCGUUCGGGACUAUGACGUAUAUGCAAGACGGAACCUGCAGCGUGGAUACACUGCCAAGGAACUCAAUGUCAGCUUCAUCAAUGAGAAGAAAUAUAAUUUACAGGAACGUGUAGACAAAGUAAAGAAGAAAGUAAAAGAUGUAGAGGAGAAGUCAAAAGAAUUUGUGCAGAAGGUGGAAGAGAAAAGCACUGACCUCAUUCAGAAGUGGGAGGAGAAAUCUCGAGAAUUCCUUGGAAACUUCCUGGAGAUGUUUGGUCCAGAAGGAGCAGUGAAACACAUGCUGAAGGAAGGAAAAGGCCGAAUGCUUCAAGCCAUCAGUCCCAAGCAGAGCCCAAGCAACAGCCCCACUCGUGAACGCUCCCCUUCUCCCUCUUUUCGAUGGCCCUUCUCUGGCAAGACUUCUCCACCAUCCUCCCCAUCGAACCUCUCACCUUCUUUUAGGAAGUGAGUUAAGGAUUUGCAGAUACUCACCUUGGGACCUGAUUUUAGAGGAAAAGGGGGGUGAAAAAUUGGAACAAGAGGUUUGGCAAUUGUUAAUGAUGUAAAGUUACC